AGCGCGGGAGGAGGGAGCGCAGGAGCCCGGGCCGCGGUGGCCGGCUCGGCCUGCCCUUUGUGCCCGCAGCCCGCGCCCCGCGCCGAUGGCCGCCGCACCGGGCUCCCCCGCGGCGCGCACCCGCCCGCGGACCUGACCCCGCGCGCCUGGGAUGCGCCGGGAAUGCGCGUCCUCCGGGCCUGCGGCUGCUGCGGGCUGGGCGCGGGGCGAUGGAGCUGAGCAUGAAGAAGUUCACGGUGCGCCGCUUCUUCUCCGUGUACCUGCGCAAGAAGUCGCGCUCCAAGAGCUCCAGCCUCGGCCGGCUCGAGGAGGAAGGCACCGUCCAGGAGAUCGACAUCAGCCACCAUGUGAAGGAAGGCUUCGAGAAGGCCGACCCCUCCCAGUUCGAACUGCUCAAAGUUCUAGGACAAGGAUCCUACGGAAAGGUGUUCCUGGUGCGGAAGACCAAGGGUUCGGACGCUGGGCAGCUGUACGCUAUGAAGGUCCUUAAGAAAGCUACCUUGAAAGUUCGGGACCGAGUGCGGUCGAAGAUGGAGAGAGACAUUUUGGCAGAAGUGAAUCACCCUUUCAUUGUAAAGCUGCAUUAUGCCUUUCAGACGGAAGGAAAGCUCUACCUGAUCCUGGACUUCCUGCGGGGAGGGGACCUCUUCAGCCGGCUCUCCAAAGAGGUGAUGUUCACCGAGGAGGAUGUCAAGUUCUACCUGGCUGAGCUGGCCUUGGCUUUGGACCACCUCCAUGGCCUGGGGAUCAUCUACAGAGACCUGAAGCCUGAGAACAUCCUGCUGGACGAAGAAGGACACGUUAAGAUCACAGACUUCGGGCUGAGCAAGGAGGCCAUCGACCACGACAAGAGAGCCUACUCGUUCUGCGGGACGAUAGAGUACAUGGCGCCCGAGGUGGUGAACCGGCGGGGACACACGCAGAGCGCCGACUGGUGGUCCUUCGGCGUGCUCAUGUUCGAGAUGCUCACGGGAUCGCUGCCGUUCCAGGGCAAGGACAGGAAGGAGACCAUGGCCCUCAUCCUCAAAGCCAAGCUGGGCAUGCCACAGUUCCUCAGCAUGGAGGCCCAGAGUCUGCUGAGAGCCCUCUUCAAGCGGAACCCGUGCAACCGACUGGGCGCUGGUGUCGACGGAGUGGAGGAAAUCAAGCGGCACCCUUUCUUUGUGACCAUAGACUGGAAUGUAAGUCACGCAUCACCAUGCCCAGCGCACACGGGUGACGAGAAGCUGUACAGGAAGGAGAUCAAGCCGCCCUUCAAACCAGCGGUGGGCAGGCCCGAGGACACCUUCCACUUUGACCCCGAGUUCACAGCACGGACGCCCACAGACUCCCCCGGCGUGCCCCCCAGCGCCAACGCACACCAUCUCUUCAGAGGAUUCAGUUUCGUGGCCUCGAGUCUGGUCCGGGAGCCCUCGCAGCAGGAUCUGCUCAAAGCCGCGGUUCACCCCAUCGUGCAGCAGUUACACGGGAACAACGUCCACUUCAGCGACGGCUAUGAGAUCAAGGAGGACAUUGGGGUGGGCUCCUAUUCCGUGUGCAAGCGAUGUGUGCAUAAAGCUACGGAGGCAGAGUACGCCGUGAAGAUCAUCGAUAAGAGCAAGAGAGACCCCUCGGAGGAGAUCGAGAUCCUCCUGAGGUACGGGCAGCACCCGAACAUCAUCACCCUCAAAGACGUCUAUGACGACGGGAAGCUGGUGUACCUGGUGAUGGAGCUGAUGCGGGGCGGGGAGCUCCUGGACCGCAUCCUGCGGCAGCGCUACUUCUCUGAGCGCGAGGCCAGCGACGUGCUGUGCACCAUCACCAAGACCUUGGACUACCUCCACUCCCAGGGGGUGGUCCAUCGAGACCUGAAGCCGAGUAACAUUCUGUACAUGGACGAGUCUGGGAACCCCGAGUCCAUCCGAAUCUGCGACUUCGGGUUUGCCAAGCAGCUCCGGGCCGAGAACGGGCUGUUGAUGACGCCCUGCUACACGGCCAACUUCGUGGCCCCUGAGGUCCUGAAGCGGCAAGGCUACGACGCAGCCUGUGACAUCUGGAGUUUGGGGACCCUGUUGUACACCAUGCUGGCGGGAUUUACCCCAUUUGCAAACGGACCGGAUGACACGCCCGAGGAGAUCCUGGCACGGAUCGGCAGCGGGAAGUAUGCCCUUUCCGGGGGGAACUGGGACUCAAUCUCCGAUGCCGCAAAGGAUGUCGUGUCCAAGAUGCUCCACGUAGACCCUCAUCAGCGCCUGACGGCAGUUCAAGUCCUGAAACACCCGUGGAUCGUGAACAGAGAGUACCUGUCCCAGAGCCAGCUCAGCAGACAGGACGUCCACCUGGUGAAGGGUGCCAUGGCUGCCACCUACUUCGCUCUGAACAGAACUCCCCAGGCCCCGCGGCUGGAGCCAGUGCUGUCGUCCGGCCUGGCCCAGCGCAGGGGCAUGAAGAGACUCACGUCCACGAGGCUAUAGUGCGAGCAGGCCCUGCAGAGCAUCCUGGGCUGGCGGCGCCGGCUGGGGCUUCCGUCCCGGGCACUGCCAGGGUGACUGUGCCCGUCUCGAAGGCCCGGGAGCCUCUGCUCAUUCCACGUUCUCUUGUUCAGCCUGGAUGGAUCCAGACCGUGACCUCUCAGCGCCUCGCUGUGCCCACCCUGCUGCCUCCCUGCCCCGAGCUGGCCCGACGGACUCACUUCACUGCACACCACCAUGAGCAGCGCCUGUAGGGUUCUUUCGGGCUCUGUGGGUCUUUUAUGAUCACGGCUUAUAUUUAUACAGAGAGAUAUUUUUUCCAAUGGUAAAGCCAGGAAGGGGGUCAGGUUUCCGACACACACGUCCCCGCGAUUCGGGUGGGCGGACGCGCUGACCAGCUCCCCCCACGGCCCCCCACCCGACCCCGGGAGGGGCUGGCCUCUGUGGUGUGGUGUUGCCAGGAGGACGGGGUCAGCACAUGGCACCCGGGAGUAGACGCCAGGUCCCCUCCAGUUGAUCCAAAGAGCCCUCGUCCCGUUGCCCAUCUUCCAGACUGCGGUGCUGGGUGUCCUCUCCAGGUCGCAGACCCACAUGGGGAAAGGGCCGGGAACCAACAGGUGGCAUCUUUGCUUUGGGGGCCUCUUUUCACGAGAAUGGCACGUCCCUGGGGAGGAGCCAGCGACAGCCUGUGCCCCCUGCCCAGUGUUCUUGUCCCCCGACGGCCGGGGCUGCAGGGCUGGGGCUCCACGCCCCCACCCUGGCUCUAGCGGUGGUCAAGGCCGCCCAGAGGUUCUGAGAGCGUGCGAUGGGCCCGACGGCUGGUCGGCUGGUUGCGGUCUUCUGUCAGCCCCAUGUGCUUUCAUCCCAAAGCAGUGUUUUUGCUGUGUUUGCCUUCCCCUCUCUGGGCCGCAGGAGGCCCGCGAGCCCGGGCAACCCUGAGCUCUGUUCCUCCCUUCCAGGCGCAGUCCCGGCCCCACGGCAGCCAGGAGGGGGACGGGAGGCCCUGCUGCCACCCUGGGGCCUGGAGAGGAGCCAGAAGAUGGGUGACCCGGGGCACCAUGCACUUUGUAGAAGCUGUGCUUUUGUGUUGUUGCGUUUGUGUUUCUGUUUUUCACCUGAUGUUGCCGGGACAUCUGAUGUUUCCCACAGGGAGGGGCGCGCACGGGAGGGGCUGUGCGCUUCUUAAAUGAAACCGGGACAGGUGGGGCGCCCUUGCCAGACAGGAGAGGAGAGAGCGUGUGGCCCUCGGUGUCCUCCCCCAGCCCCACGGGGGGAGCCUCCAGGCCGGCCCAGGACUCCCCGCCGCCCUUGGCCGGGCGCGGGGCUCCUGGGGUCCUCCGCCAAUCUCACUCGGAAGACCUGUUUCGUCAUUCUUUGUUCCCAUCUCAAGCAGCUACACACCUCGAAAAGACAAAAACAGUAGCAACAUGUGGCAUCCUGGGCAUAACUGCUUAGCUUGUUCCAAGUGUGCUUGGGCCUGAAACUGUAACCUCGUUUCAGAAGCGUUCCUUAUUCUGUGAGCCUCUCUCGCCGCCCGAGAACCACCAGAAGGAAAGAUGGGGGCAGGGUCGCCACUGGCUUCCCUCCCACAAAGCCUCCUGAGGCAGCUCCCGUAUUUUCUCACUGGAAAUUGCUUUUCCCCAAGGCCACAAAGGCUUGGUUCCCAACAGUUUUGUUUCAGAUCUGAAUUAUUUGAUCUGUGAUUAGAAGCUUGGGAAAAACUGGUUGGCCCUUAGGUCAUGGGUUUGCCCUCCCAGGAAGCCACCGAGGUCAUCACACCUUCCGUCCGCUACGGGGCCACGGCUCCAGGGCUCCUGCGCCGCGGUGUGCCGCUGAGCCGCUGGUUUGCUCACAGAGAGUCGGAGCGGAGGGACGCAGGCCUGCGGAGCCCGGGAGCAACCGGGAGAGGAGAAGGGCCAGAGGGCGCUCUCUGCACACCGCCGCCCCUGCUCGUCCCCUCACUCAGUGUCACCAGGCACGCAGGGCACCUGCCACUCCGGGAGUCACAGAGCGACCUGGGGGCUCACCUCGCACCAAGUCCUGCCCUUAGCCAAGGGCAGGGGGUGGCAGUGGUGGUGGCAGAGACCCCACAGGCACCUGUCAGGAUGAACCGACUCGACUUGAAUGUCUGUCAGAUACCGCCACUUGCGCACCUUCUCCAGGACACAGCGACACUUGAAACCCUUCCAGAAAGUCAGCCUAGAGAAGUCGGUACCAGAGCUGAAACCCAGCUCCCAGGUCUUCAGUGGAAGAGCCAGUGGCUGCGCGUUCUGAGCAGUAUCAGUGCGGAGGAAGGGUCACUUCCCCUUUCACUUCCUCUGUGCGGGGCUCCCUGCCAGCCCUGAGAGGCUCUGGGGGCUUCGCACAGGUGGCCAGACCGCAGGGAGUCAGAUCGCUGUCCCACAGAUGAUGGAACCAUCCCCCUGUAGGUCAUAGCCCCACAGACCGUAGAACCAUCCACUCUCCGGAUCAGAGCCCCAUGGACCAUGGAACCAUCCCCUCCUGGAUCAGAGCCCACAGACCACGGAACCAUCCACACUGCGGAUAAUAGCCCACAGACCGCGGAGCCAUCCCCCUCUGGAUCAUUGCCCCACAAACCGUAGGACCAUCCCCCUCUGGAUAAUAGCCCCACAGACCAUGGAACUGUUCCCCGCCGGAUCACAGCCCCACAGACUCUCGUGAGAAAACGGAGCCCUGGCCCUCAGGCCUCCUCCCCCACCGCCCCGCGGUCCCCCCAGGGAGCCCACUGUGGCCUCACCCCCCUGCAGUCCCCCCGUUUGACAGGAACACCUGUCUCGCCCCGGCGGGUGGCGGGCUCUGCCGGAUGCCAUCCCCAAGUCAGAUUUGGGCAAGAGUGAGGUCUCUUCUGUAUCCUUAGGUCAGAUUGUCCGUGAUUUUAACCUAACCUUGUGUGUGUUGAUGCCCGGAAGAUUGUCCGACGUGUUAAACGAUGAUCGUGCUCCAUGGUAGCCAGUGUCGGUCAUGAAACGCUGUUGCUCCUGCGGCGGCGCGGUGAGACUUCGGCCUCACACUUGACGGAUUCUCCCAAGCACACGAUGAGCUUGAUUCGCACUGUUUUCCUUUCCACACGGCCUCGCUGCCCCUCGCCUCUCCAAGAGCCCUUAAAAUUCUCCAGUGCAAAGGACGCCGCAGCUCCCCGGCGGAGAGGAAGGAGGAGCACCCAGCGUGGGUUGGCAGAGCCCGGGCAGAGCCUUGGGCGACACGGACCCUCCGCCGCUGGUGGCCCGAGGAGCUUCCGACCCAGACCCGACUCGGCACUUUGUUUACAAGCCCGCGUCUGUGUUUAUAGGUCAAUAUGUUCACGCUUUGUAUUUUAUGUUUGAGAUGGGCGGCCACUAUACAGAUAUUUAUUACGCUUUCCAGACUUUCUGAAUAGAUUUUUUUGAAUAAACAUGGGUUUUAUGAAAUGUAA